AUGGCCAUCAAACACGGUUACACGAUCAUCCCCGUAGCCAGUGUCGGUAGCGAGGACGCAUUUGUUCCGUUUUAUGACUUCCCACUUGGCGACGUGAUGAACGCGGUCUUCAAAGGCGACUUCAGCGGGCUCAUGGGAAAGAAUCGAGCAUCCUUUGACUCCGCUAGUCAAAUGUUGAAGAACGAAAAGAGACCAGCUGUUGUUGCUUCAACUUUGAGUAGAACGAUGGGAAAUGUACACGACAAAAUAUCGACAUCGGGUGCUUCUACUGAUAUUAAAAAAAGGCCCACAAGGACAACAAGUAAGGUCCUACCGCCACGUGACGUUUCAGUCAGUGUUGCGCCAAAAACAUACGUCCGUGGUAUGGGAACGGUCACCGGGACCACUAUGCCAGAAGCUGCAGAUCCGCGUCGUAUAUCAAAUGAUCCUGGACCGGAACAUGAUGCCAGUAUAAUUAAUAAGACGACGCCAACGUCCACAUCCAGUACUUCGACUUCGAACCCAACAACCGCAUCUGCAAAGAAACACAGCAGGCAAGCAGCGAACAAGCCCGCCAAGCAGCGAGGUGGUUCGCGUGCUUUCAGACGUGGAAUCAAGCUUCCUUUUGUUCGGCCUAGCACGCCCCAAAGAGUCUAUUUCUGGUUCGGUGAACCGCUGCGCACAAGUGCGGAGGAUGUCGAGGAGAAUGAAGAAGUGCAGACACAGAAGAAAGUUAUUGGUGGGGAUAGUCCAGUGGUAACUGUUAAUCCUGCAAGUAGUCCCAGUAGUUCAAGUAGCAGGAGUGCGCCGAGCAACAAGACGACAAGAAACAUCACAAAAGCAAAGGAUGACAUUUUUAAGAAAGAAGUUGUUCCUGCCACUGCAUUGCAGUCGCUUCAUGCACUCGGCGUGACUAACGAACCGCCUUUGAAACUACUGGCGCAUGGUCCAAGCGGACGACAAUCAGGCUCAUCUUCGGAGCGAAAGGAAGGACACUCGAAGAUUUUCACGUUAAGGCCCCGCCAACAUGCAUAGAUUCUGUAGAACAACCGUAUCUGAACUUCAUGCUUCUAGCGUGGCACACGUUGGUAUAAGCCUCUAUUGUAGUAACUACUUCCUGAGCCUCAUCGUUGUUACAACUACCUAACAAACUUCUUAUUAUAAGAAGGUGACCAUAGUAGAGUAUCACAAGGACAACUUGCUUCAGUUCUAACGAUCGACGCAGAUGAAUUACGAGAAGCAUGCAAACUCCAGCUAGAAGCAGGAAUCGACUAUUUGCUGCAUUACCGCGCCAGAGAUCCUUACCGUUUUCGAGUCAAAGGAACCACUGAUGACGAAACACCUUCCUCGAACUCGAAGGUAAAAGCAACCGUCUCUGGUUCUUUGAUACGAACAAGUUCGAGGGGUGGAGACGAGAAAGAGGGAGGUAGUAAGGAAGAUGUUUCAUCGUCGGCGCCUUUACAAGGAUGUACUUCUGCACGUCUUUAAUUUUGGUUCCGUGGAACAGCUUUGGAGACUUGGAGACAUUGCAAAGACAAAGACUUUUUAAAGAAACUGCACAGGAGCGAGCCGUUCUAGCUCGAAUCAUACUCGUUUUUCUAUGUAAGUACUUGCAUAUUUACAAAACCAAAACCAUAAACAUUGACUUCUUACUCUUCUCAUGUCGAUCUCAAUCUGUAUUAAUAGAGAUUCUCUAUAUCUCAUACAUUUUCCGCUGGUUUUUUUCUGGCACGGACAUUGUUGCGCUCCAACGUUCUUUUUCUGUCGAUUUUUAUUGUUUGCCAAUUCAACCAUGUGUUAGGG